AAUAUGUUUAAUUUUAUUUUUAAUUUGAUUUUUAUUCAAGCAUGCAUUAGCGAUUGCAUCGUGUAAUUAUACGAAAGACACUACGUGCCGCUGGAUAUGUAAUGAUAUGAAUUUUUCCAUGGAAUUGUCUUUUUAUCCAGACCAACAAAGAGCAAUUAUCUCACCAGAUACUGCAUGCUUAUUAAAUGUCAAUGAGACGUCGUUGAGCCAAAAGAAUGUAACAAAUAAUUAUUGCAACGUUACUUGUAAUAAUUUCGAAGAUCAGUGCGUAUAUACAUCUAACACCUUUUGGAGUUUUGUCCUCAUGUGGUCUCUUGCCGAGACUAGUUUUAUUACUUGCUUGAGCAUAAGCGAUGCAGUUUGUUUUCGUAUACUAGGACAAGGUAAACAGUCAAAAUUUGGCAAACAGCGAUUAUGGGCCGCAAUAGGUUGCGGUGUUGCAGCAUGUUUAUCCGGAUAUGUGGUGGACUUAUGGUCGCACGACGGAAUUUAUCAAAAUUACACCCCAAUGCUUAUUGUGGCGUUCGUAUUUAUUUGUGUCAAUUUGAUUUGCUGUAUAAAAUUGGAGAUACCACUUGAAAAAGGAUCGACAACCAUAUUGAAGGAUGUGUUUGUACUUUUAAAAUCUAAAUCUAUUGUUAUAAUUUUGUGUUUUGUUGCAUUUGCCGGUAUCGUUCAUACCGUCAAACGUAACUAUUUAUUUUGGUAUUUAGAAGACCUCGCUAUUGCGACUGGUUAUAUGAACAGAAUUAAAUUGAUAGAAGGAUUAAUCUUAAUAGCGCAGACAUUCGGAGAAAUAGUAAAUCUCUUUUUUUCUGGCAAAAUAAUAAAGAAGCUUGGAUAUAGUUACACUAUUAUAUUUUGCUUUAUAUGCCACGCGAUUCGAUGGGGAUUAAUAUCUCUCGCUCCAAUGCCAUGAUGGUGGAUAAUUCCAAUAGAAUUAAUCAUGCACGGGUCAUCGUAUGCACUUUGCAUAGCAGCAAUAUCGGCCUAUGCAAACGUAGUAACACCUCCCGGUACGUCAGUUAGUGUUCAAGGACUUGUUCAAGGCAUGCAUGAUAGUUUUGGUAAGAUUACUUACACAGAUGCACUUAUCGAUGAGUAUUUUGUCACAAAAAUUACAUA